AUGGCUCAUCACCAUCAUGCAGCGCCAGACUGGGAGCAAAAGUGCGGCAGUUUGGCGGCGGAGCUGACGGCGUGGCGAAAUAGCUCCAGCUCAUCCUCAGCCUCCUCCUCCGUCCACCACUAUUCAUCUUCUUUUCCUUCGUCGGGAUUGACAUUGGAGCAGGCGACGACGAGGGAAGUGCUGGUGCAGAAGAUCCUUGCUUCCUACGAAAACACGCUUUCCAUGCUCAAUACUCAGACGAUGAUGCCAGCUCAGCACCACCACCACCACCGAAACAUUAAUCACGGUUUGGUUUGUGAUGAGGGGGACAUUAGGACGGUGGUGAUGUUGAAGUCGUCGCCACCGGGGAGCAGGAGUGGGAGUCCGGGGAGCGAGGACUCUGACCGUAACUCCAGCCACGAUCUCUUCAAAGACACCACCUCUCCACCUUCUAGGAAAGGGCAUUAA